AUGCAAGCGGUCACCCCGAACCACUCCGCGGAGGGCGUCAUCGAGCUCAUCUUCCGAGGCAUGUACGCACGGCUGAACGCCUACCGCAGGGAGCGGGUGCUGCUCGUGUACGCGAGCUGGUGGUUCGUCAACUCUACCGGCCUGGACGUGCAGCUGCUCCAGCCUGGAGGCCCUGGCCCGAUGCACCCCGUGCCGUGCUUCGGGGAGGAGGUCACCUUCCUGCCCCAGCUGCGCAACAAGAACGGCGACGGUGUCGCCUACCUCAAGCAGCGAGGCCACGAGCACGUGGAAGCGCGGGUGCCCGACGUGGGCGGCGCGGACCGGCUGCAGCUGACGCCGCUGCACGCGUGCUGCCUGCGCACGGAGACGGUGGCCCUGCCGGAGACGAUGCGAAGCGUGUCGUGCUCCAUCGUCAGCCUGUUGCCCGCGCUCAUGCUGUUCAACCGCGUGGGCGUGCAGUUCGAGGUGGGCUUCCUGCAGGAGGGCGUCGGCGUGGAGUCCGCCACGUGGGUGCCCCCGGGCAGCAGCGGCGCCCUCUGGUGGACGUCCGCGCGCGAGCAGAGGGUGAAGGUGGCCAUCCGGCCGAUGACCGAUCCGCACCGCGGGUCCAGCUGGUCCGCCCCCUUCGAGCUGCUCGAGUCGCGCAUCGGCGCGCACCCGGUGGUGCUCAAAGACGGCAACACGAGGCUCCCGCGCCUCGUGUGCGUCAACCUGGACCAGGACGCCGCCAUGCUCUCCCUCACGGUCGCGGGCCCCGAGCUCUGCCACCAGCUGCACAACCAGCACCCCGGCGUCGUGCUCGAGGGCUCCAUCGACGGAUGCGACCCGCGGGACCCCGCGUACAAGGUCACCGUGGUGCCCGGGCACACCGCCCCGCUCGCGGGGCAGGGCCCGCCGGCCGGCGGCGGGCCUGGGCCGCGGCUGCGCCUCUCGCUGGAGGACUCGGGGGUGGUGGUGACGGGGGUAGGAGCCGCCGCGGCAUCUCCGGCCGCGGAGGCCGAGCUCCGGGCGGCGCCCGCGGCCGCCGGGCCUGGGCCCUGCGGCGGCCUCGGCCUCGCGGGCGGCGGGGCGCCCGCUGCCGGCGGGCGCAGCGCGGGCGGGGCCGGGAAGAGUGGCCGCAGGCGCGGCAAGAGGAGCGACGCAGCGAUUGAGACCAGGCGCAAGCAGCUCCAGUUCAAGCACGACUUGAGGGAGGCAGGCGACAGGCUUCGUGACCUCGCGCACAUCGAGGACCAUCCGUCGGAGAACUCCUCAGACGUUGUCGAGAGAACGCAGAAGGAAGUCCUAGGUCUCGUCGACACGAAGGGGAUUGGCAAGCCCACGACGAUGGGCGACGAUCAAGAGAAGUUCGGGGCUUGGAAUCGCAAGAUGGAGAACUACGUGAUAGGUGUGUACGGAGAGAGCUUCCGUCCCGUUCUUCGGUGGGCUGCAGAAGCCGAACGCCCCGUGACGAUCGAGGGGGCACAGGCGGCGCACGACGGAGUACCAGAGCUGGAGACCAAGGUCAACCAGCUGUACGCGGCGCUGAUCAGCACGACGGCGGACGGCAGCGAGAGCAACGACCUCGUGACGGGCGCCCCCGAUGGGAACGGUCUCGAAGCCUGGCGGAAGCUCCACCGCAGGUGGGAUCCGACGACAGGUCCGAGGAAGAGGCUAAUCCUGAGGUCGAUCAUCUCGCCUCCGAAGUGCAGCGCGGACGAGCUGGGAUCAGCCUUAGAGAAGUGGAUCCAGCAGAUAGGCAGGUACGAACGCCGCCAAGGAGAAGAUGGUCUAGCCGAGCUGCCGGAGGAUAUCAAGAUGGCGGCCCUCGAGAUGCUCGUGCCUCAGGACAUCGAGAACCACCUCGUCCUCAACAAGCAUCGGCUCGUCACGUUCCAGGACAGUCUGAACGAGGUGAUGACGAUCGUGGAGGCUCGGACCGGCGUGAAGAUCAAGGCGGCAGGCAGCCUGGAGGAGGAGCCUGAAGCGGAGGUCGCCGCUCUGGACAUGGGCAGCCUGGACUGCCUGGAGCUCGCCAGCGGCAGCGGCCGCGGCGUAGCGGCGGUCGAUCUCUCCCCCUUCGCGCAGGACGACUGGAUGAAGUUCAACUGGGACAGCGGUGCAGCUAUCUCAGCAUUCCCUCGGAGCUUCGCGCCGCCGACGGGAAUGAAGGGCAACGGCAGCACGUAUCGUACGGCCAGUGGUGAGCUCGUCCCGGACGAGGGCAGCUUGCAGCUCAAGGCGGAGGACGAGUACGGAGUGCUACGAGCACUCAAGGGACGCGUGACGAACGUGCACAAGCCGUUGAUCUCGGUGGGGCAGGCAGCAGGAGCUGGACAGUGUUCAUUCCUGGGUCGCAAUGGCGGCUGGAUAUUCCACGAGAAGAGCCCAAUCGGCAAGCGCGUGGUAGGCAUGCUCGAGAAGGAGGCGAAGGCGGCGAAGCACCAGAUGCUGCCGGUCUAUCGCGAGCAGGGCGUCUACAACUUCUACCUCAAGAAGGGCCAACAUGGCUCGGUUGCUCCUCUCGAGGAGGGACUUUCGGCGAAGUCGAAGUCCGAGCUGGUGGAGCUCCUCAGCGGCAAGUCGAAGGAGGAGCUGCUGGAGAUCCUCGAGAAGACAGACGACGAGACGGCGGUGCCGGUGGUCUCGUCCGACUACGCCUUCAUGGGCCAGGACGACGCGGACACCAUGCCGAUGCUGGUCCUUAGGGAUCGGCGCUCGAAGAUGAUGGCAGCGACAUUCGUGGAGAAGAAGGGCGACGACGCCUACGCCAUCAAGUUCUUCGCACGCUUCUUGCGGAUCCUGGGCUACAGGAAGAUCGUCAACAAGUCCGACGGCGAGCCAGCGAUCCUGCUGGUCAAGAGGCGUGCGGUGGAGGAGGUUCCUGGCCUCGAGGCCAUUCCCCAGGAGUCGGCACCGGCCGAUCAUCAGGCCAACGGGGAGAUCGAGGUCACGGUGCGCGAGAUUAAGAAGCAGGUGCGGGCGCUCAAGAUGGACCUGGAGUCCAAGCUGGGCGUCAAGGUGGAGGACAAGCACCCGGUGCUAGCGCACCUGCCGGAGCACGCCGCAUCGGUAAUCAACCGAUACCGGCGCGGCCAGGAUGGCAAGACCGCUCUUCAGCGGCUCACGGGACGGCAGUGGAGGAAGCCGGUCCCGCUCUUCGGCGAGCGCUUGAUGGCGCGGUUCGCCGGGGAGCGCGCGAGGAAGAACGCGCUGGAGGAGCAGAUGGUGGAGGCUCGCUACAUCGGCCACCACCCGCGCGACGGCUCGAUGAUGGUCAUCACGAGCGACGGCGUGAAGAAGGCGGUCGGCUUUCGCAGCCUGCCGCAGAGCGAGAAGUGGAUCACGGUGGGCUGGGAUGGCCUGAAGGGCCUGCCGUGGGACGUGGCUCCGCGUGCGGCAAGCGCGCCGCGGGCCAUCGUCGGACCUGGAGAGGUCGGUCCGCCACCAAUUGUGGUGGUGUCGCCGCAGCCGCAGGCGCCGAGGAGGAUGUACGUCCUCAAGGCGGACGUCGAGCGGCUGGGCGCAACGCCGGGAUGCCCAGGGUGCGUCUCGAUCGCCAAGCACGGCCGGGUGCUGGCUGGCCACGCGCACAACGCGGUGUGCAGCAAGAGGAUCUUCGAAGCGCUGGACGCGGAGGAGGCAGGCCGGGAAAGGACCGGCCAGUAUCGAGAACGGAGGCAGGGCCAAGAGGCCAGAGUCCGACCAGCGGCAGCGGCCGCGGCAGGGACCCCUCCGCCGAAGACGGCUCGGAGGAUCACCGAGCCGGUGGCAGCGGCGGCAGCGGCAUCGGCCGCGCCGGCCGCGGCCCGAUCGGCAGCAGCGCCAGCCGUGGCAGCCACAGCGGCGCGCAUGCGAGAGAGCCAGCCGGUAGCACCGGGCUUCGGCGUGGCGGCUCCUUCAGGAGGAGCGAGCUCCAGUUCGGGAGCGGCGCGAGCGGCAGAGGCCGCCGCGGAUGUCGACAUGACCGCGGCCAGGUCGCGGCUGAAGCGCUUGGCAGAGGUGGCCCCGGAUGACGUGCCGGAGGCCCUCGAGCGCGGUGAUCCACAGCCGGCAGACGUGCCGGUACCGGUGGACAUGGAGGAUCUCGCGGCGCAGCCGGCGCCAGCGGAAGGACCUCAGCUGCCAGCUGGAGUGGCAGUCGUGUGGAACGCCAGUGAGGGGAGGCACAUGCGGGUGCUCGCCCUCGAUAUGGCGUCGAUCGAGCUGGUUGAGCUCGGAGUGCUGACGAGAGCGAAGGCGGAGUUGCUCCCGCUCGUUCGCGAACAGGUCAGUGGCCAUUGGGCCAGCGCCGGCGUGGACAUCGCCGACGAAGAGGUGGACAGCAUCGCCCUAUCGGCGUUGCAGCUGGGCGCCGUGGACGUGGCCGAGGUGUACUCGCCACAUCGGUUCUCGGCUCGGGCAGCGGAAUUUCAGCUGCGCCCGGGCUUCGCGGCGGACCUGGAGGAACUCAAGGAGGACGGGACGCCGUGGGACUUGCGGCGCCCCGAGGAUGUCAAGGAGCUCGAGAGGCAGCAGGAGCGGAUGGAUCCCAUCCUGCUCGCGGGGUCCCCUCCAUGCGAGAAGUUCAGCUUGCUGAGGGGCCUGAGCGCCAAGUUCAGGACCGAUGAGCAGGAGGCAGCUGAGAUGGAGGAGGCCAGACACCACCUGAAGGUGGCAGUCGACGCCUACUGGCGUCAGCUCAGGAAGCCAGGCAGGUACUUCCUGCAUGAGCAUCCCUGGAGCGCGCGAUCGUGGAAUGAGGACAUCGUCAAGGAGCUGGUCGCGCAUCCAGGAGUCUUCACGGUCAAAGGCCCCAUGUGUCGGUGGGGCAUGAAGCUCACGAACCCACGCAGUGGUCAGGAGGAGUUCGUGCGCAAGGAGACCGGAUGGGUCACCAACCAUCCAGGCUUAGCCCGGAGGCUGCAGGGCACUUGCAGCAAUGUGGACGGCCGCGCGGAAUGGCAUCGCCACAUCACGCUCGUGGGCGGCAUCGCGCGGUUCGCGAAGGUCUAUCCACCGAAGUUGGUAGAGGCGGUGCUGGAGGAGCUCAAGGACACGCUGAAUGACGUGGGAGAGCUCAGCACCGCCCAGGUGCAGCAGUCGGGCCCAGUCCCUGUGGACGCGGCAGUGCCGCCCGGGGACUGGACGAGUUACUGGGACGACGUCAAUGGCGGCUACCUGGAGGCGGGCCUUGUGGCCCAGGCUCGCGCGGUCGAGCGCGAGUGGGUCAAGAAGCAGGAGCUGAUCGAGAUCGUCCCGAGGUCUCAGGCUUUCGCCGAGACUGGGCCACCGCUCCACAUUCAGGAGUCGCUUCGCAAGAAGGGCAGGAAGCCGGGCAACUUCAAGAUCGGCUUCUUCGACAUCAGCAGGGCGCACUUCUACGGGAAGGCGCAGCGGAGGAUCUUCGUAGAGCUGGAGGAGGAGAGUCGCAAGGAGUACGGCGAGGACAAGUGCGGCCUACUCCUCAAGUCCUGGUACGGCACGCAGGACGCCAGCAAGAUCUGGCAGGGCGACUACACGGAGCUGCUGGAGGAACACGGCUACAAGGCGGGCGUGUCGUGCCCAGCGGUCUUCUACAAGGAGGUGGACGAGACGAGGCUGCUGGGGCACGGCGACGACUUCGCGGUGCUGGCUCAGCAGCAGGACAUCGACAGCUUCGAGGCCACGCUGGGCAAGAAGUACGAGUUCAAGAAGACUGCGAACCUAGGCUUCGACGAGGGCGAUGACAAGCAGGCGGUCUUCCUGAAUCGGGUCAUCGAGGUCAGUGCGGGAGUUCCGCCUGGCGGUGGCCGGCCCUGCCGGCAUGCGAUGAUCGAGCCGGACAAGCGGCACGCGGAGAUCGUGAUCGACGAGUUGGGUCUCAGCAAGGCCAACGGCGUGGACACGCCGAUGGAGAAGCGCAGCGCCGACAAGCAGAUGAUGGAUGCGAAGUCGGCGGCGUUGGGAGCAGCGGAAGCUUCGCGCUUCCGAUCCCUCACCAUGAGGGUGGCCUACCUGUCUCAGGACAGGCUGGACUUGGCAGAGGCAUCGAAGACGCUCGCUAGGUCCAUGCAGACGCCAACGGAGGCGAGCUGGCUCAUGCUCAAGAGGGUUGGCCGCUACCUUAAGCGGCAUCCUAGCACGGUGACGGUUUUCACGGAGCAGAAGAUGUUCGACAAGAUCCGGGUGUACGUGGACUCUGAUCAUGCAGGCUGUGCAGUCACGCGGAAGAGCACAGGAGGCUUCGUGGCGAUGCUAGGGCAUCAUGUAGUCAAGCACGGCAGCAACCUGCAGUCGACGGUUUCAUUGAGCAGCGGGGAGAGCGAGUACUACGCCCUGGUGAAGGGCGGGAGCGUGGGCCUAGGCCUUCACAGCCUCUUCGCGGAUUGGGGGCUGGACCUGAAGGUGGAGCUUGCCUCAGAUUCAUCGGCGGCCCGGGGCCACGUCCAACGGCGAGGUCUCGGGAAGAUGCGACAUGUUCAAUCACGGUACUUGUGGAUCCAGGAGCGUGUUGGCAAGGGCGACAUCUCGAUCGCUGCGGUUCCUGGCAAGAACAAUGUCGCGGACGUGCUGACCAAGAGCGUGGGUGGAUCCCUUUUGAGGAGACACAUGGCGACGCUGAAUAUCUGGGAUCGGGCACCGAGUUCGACUCAGAAGGACUUCAAGUGA